GGCGGAGGCGCUGCGCCGCGACCUGCCCGCCGCGCUGCAGCGACUGCGCGACGCACACACCCGCACGGAGCGUGUGUUCGAGGGCAUCGAGGAGCUGGAACGGUUCCUGGCGGAGCUGGAGCGGCAGAUGCCGGCCGAGGCGGAGUGCGCCAUUCGCGACUCGGCCGAGCUGUACCGGAUGAAGACACGCUUCCAGACUCUGAAGGAGCAGUGCGACGAGCGCACCGAGCGCUUCCGCGCCCUCAACGAGGAAGGCAACGAGAUCUUGCUGGUGGCGGAGCGGCGCGCGGCGGCUCUGGCGCGCCGGCUGACGCAGCUGUGCGCGCUGUGGUCGCGCGUCACGCACGCCGUCUACGAGCGCUACAAGGUGCUGGCGGAGGCGUGGCACGAGUCGGGCGAGCUGCGCGCGUGGCUGGCGCAGCAGGCGGCCUGGCUGGACGGGCUUCAGCGUCGCCUGCAGCGGCCGCAGCCCGCGCCCGAUCGCCCCGACCGCCCCGACGCCGAGGACAUCUCCGACCAACUAUACGACCUGGAGAACUACGUGCAGAACCACAGCGACGAGCGGCUGGCGCGCAUCCAAGACAUCGGAAGGCAGCUGGAGCGCGCCCACAUCAUGCCCGACUGGAUCCGCGCCGAGGUGGCCGCCGUCACCCAGCGCUGGCACCUCCUGCGCGACCAGGCGCAGGAGCGCAGCCGCGAGCUGGAGGCAGCGGCGCGCGAGGCGGCGCAGUGCGAGGUGCAGCUGGAGCGGCUGCAGCAUUGGGCGGAGGGCGCGCGCGGCCAGCUGGCGGCGGGCGGGGCGCUUCGCCUGCGCCGCGAGCUGCCGGACCAGCGCGCCGCCCUGCUGCAGCUGGAGCGGCGCGCCGGCCCUCAGCGCCUGCACGACCAGCUGCAGCGCCUGCAGGAAAAAUUGGACGAAAUCGAGGAAGAAUUGAAAGCGGGUGGCGGCGAGGAGCAGGCGGAGGAGGAGGCGGACGCGGGCGAGGAGGCGGAGGCGGAGGCGGGCGCGGGCGAGGCGGAGGCGGAAGGGGGCUCGGCGCGCCUGCCGCCCGCCGCGCCCGCGCCGCCCGACCCCGACGCCGUGCGCGUGCAGCUGCGCCGCUGCCUCAAGUCGUACCGCACGCUGAGCGAGAUCAAGGGCGAGGUGGAGGCGAUCAUCAAGGCGGGCCGCAAGGCGGUGGAGGAGCGCGCGGUGCCGGAGCCGCACGAGUUCUCCGGGAAGAUCGACGGGCUGAAAGAGCUGUACAACAGGCUGGGCGCGCAGGUGACCGAGGCCAAGAGCCGGCUGGAGACCGCGCUGCUGACGGCGCGCGAGAUCCAGACCGACCUGCAGGCGCUGGGGAGCUGGCUGGACGGGCUGGGCGCGCACCCGCCCGCCGCGCGCCAGGCGCUCGAGCUGGAGAUGUCGCGCAUGCAGGGCCUCCGCGACAAGCUCAACGCCAACUACGCCGAGUUCGCCCGCUGCUGCGACCGCGCCUACCUCGACACCCUCGCCCACCAGAUCGACGACGUGAACGCGCGCUGGGAGCGGCUGCGCGAGGCGGGGUGUGGUGCGGAGGAGGUGCGGCGGCUGGUGCGGGAGGCGCAGGCGCAGCUGGAGGCGGGGUGCGGUGGGGGUGGCGGGGAGGUGGAGCGCGCGCGGCUG